CUGGGGGGGAAAACGUAGGAUGAGGAGGCAGAAACAUUAGUGCUAAUCUGCUACAGAAAGACUAGAUAAAUCAGCCGAGCUUGCCUCUCUCUCGUACAUCACUAAGCGAGAAGCUGAGUGCAGCUGGACCAUGUGCCUGAGCAGUCACAUCACUAGGAAGAACACAGUAUGGAUACAAAACCUAAAACGUCUCCGUAAGGAAGCUUGCUGGGUUGGACUGAUGAAAACACUGCAGUAAAUACCGGCAAUACAUGUCAGGGCUGCUGGUUCCUCCUUAUGGUGUUAUGGAAACUGGCUCCAACAAUGACAGAAUGCCGGACAAGGAGAAUAGUACUCUGUGCUCCAUUUCGAAAAACAGCAGUAAGGUUCCAUCAGAAAAAAUCCUCCGCGCUGGAAAAGUGUUACGGAAUGCAGUCCUCUCCCGGGCACCUCACAUGAUAAGAGACCGCAAGUAUCAUCUGAAGACAUAUAGGCAAUGCUGUGUUGGAACAGAACUUGUAGACUGGAUAAUGCAGCAAAGUUCAUGUGUUCAUUUACGGACGCAGGCGGUGGGAAUGUGGCAGGUAUUGCUGGAAGAAGGUGUUCUCAAUCACGUUGAUCAGGAACAAAACUUCCAAGACAAAUACUUGUUUUAUCGGUUUUUGGAUGAUGAGCUGGAAGAAGCCCCAAUGCCAACGGAGGAAGAGAAAAAAGAAUGUGACGAAGAGCUACAGGACAUCAUACUUCUGCUCUCUCAGAUUGGACCUGAUGCUCAUAUGAGGAUGAUUCUUAGAAAGCCGCCUGGCCAGAGAACAGUUGAUGAUCUAGAAAUUAUAUAUGAAGAACUUCUGCAUAUUAAGGCUUUAUCUCAUCUUUCAACAACAGUAAAGCGCGAACUAGCAGGUGUGCUGGUGUUUGAAUCGCACCCCAAAGCGGGAACUGUUUUAUUUAAUCAAGGAGAAGAAGGAACAUCUUGGUAUAUUAUUUUAAAAGGAUCAGUAAACGUAGUCAUUUAUGGCAAGGGUGUGGUAUGCACACUACAUGAAGGUGAUGAUUUUGGCAAGUUAGCAUUAGUGAACGAUGCUCCAAGAGCUGCUUCCAUUGUUCUGCGGGAAGAUAAUUGCCACUUCUUGAGAGUGGACAAGGAAGACUUCAAUAGGAUACUCCGGGAUGUUGAAGCCAACACAGUAAGACUUAAGGAACAUGACCAAGAUGUCUUGGUAUUAGAGAAGAUCCCAGCAGGGAACAGAGCUUCUAAUCAAGGAAACUCACAGCCACCGCAGCAUAAGUAUAUUGUGAUGUCAGGAACUCCUGAGAAAAUUUUAGAACAUUUCCUAGAAACCAUGCGUCCCGAAUCAACGUUAAGUGAAGGAACUGAUGGUGGUGUACAUGAUUUUGUUAUGAUGCACUGCACGUUCAUGCCAAAUAAUCAGCUUUGUCCAGCACUGAUGGCUCAUUACCACGCUCAGCCUUCUCAGGGAACAGAGCAAGAAAAAAUGGAUUAUGCCCUCAACAACAAAAGGCGAGUCGUUCGCUUAGUUCUGCACUGGGCUGCUUUGUACGGCGACCUCCUGCAAGAGGACGAAGCAGCGAUGGCUUUUCUGGAGGAGUUUUAUGUAUCUGUAUCAGAUGAUACAAGAGGGAUCACAGCACUCAAAGACCAACUUCCAGAGCUAGAAAAGACUAUGAAACAAAUCUCAGAAGAAGCUAAAGCACCUCAGAAAAAGCACAAAGUUCUUUUGCAGCACUUCAACACAAGUGAUGAAAGAACACAGAAACGGCAGCCCAUCAGGGGAAGCGAUGAGCUUCUGUUCAAGGUGCACUGCAUCGAUCACACCUACACCACUAUCCGCAUUCCCGUGUCGUCUUCGGUGAAAGAAGUCAUUGGCGCAGUCGCUGAUAAACUGGGCUCCGGAGAUGGCUUGAUAUUAGUAAAAAUGAGCUCGGGAGGAGAAAAGGUCGUGCUCAAACCUAAUGAUUUUUCGGUGUUUACGACACUCAGUGUCAACGGACGCCUCUUCGCUUGUCCUCGAGACCAGUUUGACUCUCUGACACCUGUACAGGAACAAGAGGGUCCUUCUGCUGGAACCAUGGCAACUUUUGAACUCAUGAGCUCCAAAGAUUUGGCCUACCAAAUGACUAUUUACGAGUGGGAGCUCUUCAACUGUGUGCAUGAGCUGGAACUAGUCUACCACACAUUUGGAAGACACAAUUUUAAAAAGACUACAGCAAAUCUGGAUCUAUUUUUACGAAGAUUUAAUGAAAUCCAGUUCUGGGUAGUCACAGAGAUUUGCCUUUGUUCCCAGCUCAGUAAACGUGUCCAACUCUUAAAGAAGUUUAUCAAGAUAGCAGCCCACUGCAAGGAAUACAAAAACCUGAAUUCUUUUUUCGCUCUGAUCAUGGGACUGAGCAAUGUUGCAGUGAGUCGUCUCACAAUGACUUGGGAAAAACUUCCAAGCAAGUUCAAGAAGAUCUAUGCAGAGUUUGAAAGCUUAAUGGAUCCCUCAAGAAAUCAUAGGGCCUACAGACUCACUGUGGCUAAGCUGGAACCUCCUGUUAUUCCCUUUAUGCCUUUACUCAUAAAAGAUAUGACAUUUACUCAUGAAGGGAACAAGACUUUUGUUGACAAUCUGGUGAACUUUGAAAAAAUGCGCAUGAUUUCAAACACCGUUCGGACUGUGAAAAUCUGCCGGAGCCAGCCUUUCAAUCCUGAUGCAUCUCUGGCAAAUAAGAACCAUCAGGAUGUCCGGAGUUAUGUACGACAAUUAAGUGUGAUUGACAACCAGAGGACUUUAUCACAGAUGUCACACCGACUAGAACCACGGCGUGCUUAAGUGUUCCAAAUGAUUACACCUCCUUCUCUCCCCCCCCCCUUCAGUACAAGGUCAUUUGUUAAGAAGGCCACCUUUUCUUGCUACUGCACUGCCACUACACAACUGUAAGCAACAACAGAUUCCAACAUCUUUGAUAAUAAACGCACAACCUACCUGCCAUACCCAGGAAAUGACAGGAGGAGUUUGCCUGGUGAAGAGGCUGUCUGCUGUAGCUAGGGGGUUGCCUAGGUUCUAUAUUCUUAUUUAAUUCUGGGGGUGGGGGUGGGGAAGGGGGGAGUAUUGUACAGAAUAGAACUCUUUAUUUAUAAAAAGUGGGAAGGAGAAUGCUCAAAUACAGGAAAAAGGAAACAAUACUAAUAUUCUUUUCAAAAGAUGGCAGGGGAGAGAACCUAAAACUUCUGCCAUUUCCAGGGAAUAUAUAAAGGAGUUCUCUUAUCUAACAAAAUGAAUCACAGUAUUUUCUAAUUCAUUAUUACAUUAAAGUCCAAAUUUUGCCAUUGAGUUUGCAUGUUCAGCUCCCAUGAGCUUUAGAAGCAAAAAUAAAUAAUGGCGGAAAACAGGUACUGUAAUCUAUUGCCAUGGUAUUCAGAGAAGAGUUAAAAGCCUUUCUUUGUGAGAGAAAUUUAUAUAUUUUUCAAAAGCCAGCUCUUAAACCACAUUUGCCUUACACCAGUAGAGCAUUGUGGCCACAAGGUAACCCUAGGAUUCACUGGGUCUCUAAGGCUUGGGUACAUAUUUGCAGGGUGGAUUUGAUUGAAAUCAUGAUUUAAAUCACUAGUCAGUAAGCAUUUUAUUUUUU